AUGCCGAACUACUCUAGCUCUUCGGUCAAUGUGGUCGAUUGGGCGAUGGGUUUUGAUGGCUCUCGUAUAGUGAAACAACGUAAUCUUCUAGAAAAUUUACCCGCCUCCACGAAUAACAAUUCUUCUACACCUGCUCCACCAUCAUUUCAAGAUUUUAUUGCACUUCUUAAUACAAAAAAACGUACACAUACAAGUUUAAGUACUAGUAGUAAUAGUAGUAGUGAUAAUAGUUUUUAUCUUCCUCAUCAAACACCAUCACCAUUACUUGAUCAUACAAAUUAUAAAUAUGCAAAAAUUCGAGCAAGACCACUUUAUAAUUUUAAAUACAAUGAAGCUAGUAUAUGGACACAAUCAUCAGCAAAUUCAACAAAUUCUUUAUUAAGUAAUUUAUCAUUCGAUGUUAAUGUUGUUAAUAAAUUUUUUGCUAAAGAAACAAAAGAAAAUAAACUUAUUAAUAAUCAUGAACAACAUUCACGAAAUUCAUCGAAUGUAACAACAAUGACACGGCCAUUUCAAUUACUUGAUAAAUCAUUACAAAUUACUUAUGACGUGGCCAUGCGACAUUUACUUCAAUUAUUAGCAAAAAAUAAUAAUAAGAAUAAAAAUGCAACUAUUGAUGAUGUUCUUCAUGGUAUUGAUACGGGAAAUAUUAAUAGUGAAUGGCUUCAAUGUGUUCAACGUUUAAACAAAACAUUAAAUAAACAAUUCGACAAACGACCUGAAGAUAAAUUAAAAUUUGAAACAUUUAAUAUCAAAAAUCUCGAUGACCUUAAUUUAGUUGAACAAUUUUUUAUAAAACUUCUUCGUAUACCUAAUUAUAGUUUUAAAUUAAAAUGUUAUCAAUAUCGUGAUGAAUUACAACCACAAUUAGUUUUAUUUAGUCAAUCAAUUGAACAUUUUAUUCGUGGUAUUGAACUUGUCCUUGGCCAUGAACAUUUACCUGGAAUAUUCCAACUUUUAUGUUUUUUAUAUAACAGCGUCUCAAAUAAAUCUGUGCCAGGUCUGGAUCUUGUAUCCUUAGUUGAUGCAUUAAACUCGCCAACAAAUCAAUCAAAUAAAACUGUUGCACAUGUUUUAGUAGAAAUUCUCGAUAAAUAUUAUCGAAAUUCUUUAAUGAGUACAAUUAACGAUGAAAAAUUUACUGAAUUAAAAAAGGUAUGUUCAAUAAAUUUUAGCAAAAUUUAUGUAGAAAUUCGUGAUAUAUACCAACAAUACCAACAACUUGACUGUGAAUAUUCUUUUAUUAAAAAUCAUUAUGAAUUACCAUUAUUUAUUCAAUCGAUGUUUGUAGAAACGAAAUUACAAUUUGAAAAAUUAUUUAAACAAGAAAAUAUUUUAAAGAAAGGUGAACAAGAUUUAGCAGCUUAUUUUUGUUCAAACGAUUUAUCAAUUAAUGUUUGCUUAUCAACUGUCGGUCAAUUUAUUGAUAAACUUCGUCUUGCACAUGUUGAAAAUAAUAAAGAACAAAAACGAAAAUUAGCAAUUAAAGAGUACGAUCGCAAACGAUCAGGAUCAUUACCAAUCAAUACAACUGCAUCGAUUUUAUCAUGUAUCUAA